AAUGUGGGCUCCAAAGGUGAGGGGAUUAAUUUCCCCAGGGACUGAGGUAUGAAUUCAGGAAAAUUGUGAGUAGGGAAGUUUAGGUCCCAAGUCCAGUGUAGAGGGUGCUGGUCCACUUGGGGAGGAGCAAGUCAGUGGUGCUAGACAGAUGGUGAGAUGGACUGCCUGGAUAAGAGGAGAUGGUGGGAUAUGAAACUGCUAAGAGGGAGUACCAACAUGAAUGAGAUCAUUAAGCCAUUGAAUAAUAACGGCUAGCAUUCAUAUAGUGCUUCAUUUACCCAUGUUACUUCACUUGAUACUCAUAACAAUGUUGAUACUAUUAUUAUCUCCAUUUUACAGAUGAGGAAACUGAGGCUAAGGUUGGGUAAGUGACUUGCCUAAGGUCAUAUAACUAGUGUGUGUCUGAGGCAAGAUUUGAAUUUAGGAGUUCUAAAUUUCAAGUUCCGUACUCUUAUCUGCUUCUCUGCUAUUUUUUUUUGAUGGUACUACCAUUUGGGUCACCCAGCCAUUAGAUGUUAGAGGCGAGACUCGAACCCAGUUUUUCCUGAUUUAGAGGCUAGCAAGCUAACCACCACACCGCCCCCUCUCCUUAUUCUUUUGUUACUUUCUGUUCUUAGAAUCAUUACCAAAUAUAGGUUCUAAGGCAGAAGAGCCGUGAGGGCUAGACAACUGGGCUUACCCGAUUUCUAAUUACAGGAUAGGCAGCUGAGUGGUGCUGUGGAUAGUUUGCCAGACCUGCAUUCAGAAAGUUCAAAUUUGGCUUUAGAUGCUCACUGACUGUGUGACCUUGAGCAAGUCACUCAACCCUAUUUUCCUCAGUUUCCUCAUUUGUCAAAUGAACUGGAGAAGGAAAUGGCCAACUGCUCCAGUAUCUUUGCCAAGAACAUUCCAAAUAGGGUUGCAAGGAGUCAGACACAACUGAACAACUUAUAUAGUUAUUGCAGCUUCUCUUGCCGCCUCUAAAUAAAGCUGUGGAACUUUCACUCUAGAAGGAUCCAGUUUGAGUUUAGAGCUAAAGAACUUUAGAGAUUGAAGGCGGCCUUCGAGAUCCACUAUCUAUCAAUGGGGCAGCUGGGUGGCUCAGUGGAUUAGCUGGGCCUUGAGAGGGAAGGUCCUGGGUUCAAAUCUUACCUCAGACACUUCCCAGCUGUGUGACCCUGGGCAAGUCACUUAACCCCCAUUGUCCAGUCCUUACUGCUCAAAAAUCCAUUAUUCAGAGGAUCAGCGACAUGACUUUGCCAAAACCUCGCAGAGCCGGGAUCUUCCCACUCGCUUUCCCUAAAUCAAAAGAAAUGACGGAACGACCUGGACAUCCCGCAUCUGAGCCCAGAAGAGGCAGCCCGGCGACGCUGGCUCUUUAAGUACAGGACUUGGGGGCGGCUCCAAGCUGUCCGACUGAGGGGACCGCCCAUGGGAGUGACGUCAUGGCGGCUCACGUGGUCCUGACUGUGGCCUAGGCUGGGCUGCGGUGUUCCGGGAGGAGGGGCAGAAGGAGGCGGAGGCUGGCACAGUCCCAGCAUUUUCGGUCUUUUCACCCAGCUGGCCGGGAUGCAGCCGCCCGAAGCCGGCCGGUCCGUGGUCCAAUUCCGCCACUGUGGGAAGGAGGUCUUUGGCUUCCGAGUGCCCGACCUUUGCCCUGUGUGCCGGCGGCCCCUGAACUUCGGGAAGCUGGACGAGGCCCCUGUCAGCAUCGCCCCCCCGCUGAGCAGCGGGCACCGAGAGCGCUGCGCCUUCCUGCUCAGGCCCACCCGAGGGACCUUCCUCAGGGACUAUGAUGGAAAUGCUGAUCUCCAUGUUGGAAUAACCAAUACAUAUGGAAUUGUGUAUAAUUACAAUGAACAAGGUGUCCACAGAGAUGAAGCUGGGUGGGAACAGAGUAUAAGUAUUCCACUAUUACAGCCCAACAUGUUUGGACUGAUGGACCAAUGGGACAAAUAUCUGGAAGAAUUCUCUGCAACAGAUGCCUGGUCUCCAAACAGGUAUGAAGAACAUUGCCACAACUGUUAUACUUUUGCCUUGACAUUCAUUAAUUAUAUACUGAAAACAGAAGGGAAGCAUCAAUUGAACAGAGAUGAAUUCACUGAGAAAUUUGUGGUACCAAGGUCAAGGAGAGCUUCUAAGUACAUUACUCUCUAUCGGGCAAUAGAAGAACACGGUUUCUAUAUUACUGAUCGCCUUAAUUCUGAUACAAACCUUUCUUAGGGGAACAAUUUAUGGAUGAAAUUUUUAAAUGCACAUCUCUGCCAACAAGGAAGAUGAAGUUUGGAGAGCAGCUAUACAAGGGAUUGAUUUCCUGAGCAUUUAGUCUUCUGCAUAUUGGGUUACCAGGACUGAAGAAUUGACUAUCUGGUUGUAGUUGAGGCAGAACCGUAAGGGUUAAAGCCCUCCUCUUCUCCCUGCUUGGGUUGCAUAGUCAGGGUUGUGGGUUGAACUGUGUACGACCUGCCCAGCUGUGUGGUCAAGGUUGGAGUAGCAUCAGAGUAGCAUCAGACUGAUAAGGUUUGUGAGAAAGAAACUGCAAGGUUGGAGUAGCCAGCAAAGAGAGGAUUGAUAAGGUUUGUGAGAAGUUGUGAGAGACUGUGGGAAAGUUGCUUGUUUGGAAUCCUCUCGGUUCUUCCUUGUGCCUGGCAGGUAACGUCGUCAUGUAUUCCUAUGAAUCUGCCCAAUUAUUGGUUCCUGCUGUUGCUGGGCGGUAACAUCAUAUCUUCCUGUGUGUCUUAACCUAUAUAUGCUUUGUGUGAAACCAAUAAAGCUUUGUCGCUAUGCAUUUUCA